GGGACAAUUGCAUUGUAUGGCAGCAAUGGCGCCAGCAGAAAAGGCCGAUGGUGUUUUCGAACACGAGGAUCACAAGGCAGCUUUCAUAUUUAACCCGGACGAUGACGGCGGCAAGAGUUCGCGGCCGAACAAACGCCGUAGAGUAUCAAAAAAACUGACCAAAAAAGACAAUGUAUCGGAUUUAGAAAACGUAGGCCUUUUUACACCACUCCUCAACGGUGCUGAAAAGCCAGAGUGCGUUGCGCUGCGGCAAACGCUCUUCGAAGAUAGUUGGCGGGACAUCGACGGAAGAAUACAGAAAAUUCUUCGUGAUUCGAAUUCUGCAAUUUUGGAACAAGUUACAACGUUUGUGGCGGACUCACAGUCGAAGACCAUUGACAAGAUCCCAUCGACGUUUGUUAUUACCGGUCCCGAUAUCGCCGCUCAAGAACUUCUCUUUGAUCAAUUAGCGGAUACACUGCAGACUGCCACCUCCGGCAAAUUCGUACGACUUCGGUCGUCGGAGACGGCGUCUCUCAAGGCGGCGUUGAAGCGAAUUAUUCAAGUUGUCACAACAAAAGGUGACAACGAAGAUGACGAAGAUGAAGAUGAAGGCGUCAGAACACAAGGCGGUCGAAAGUAUCUCGACUAUGAUCUCGAAGCACUCCAUGCGUUUUUAAAGACUCAGCACUACGACCACGUCUUUGUAUCUUUUCAAGAUAGCGAAGGCUUUGAUAGCGGCCUCCUCUCAGAACUUGUAACACUUCUUCGGUCUUGGCGGCCGAGAAUACCAUUCACCUUGCUAUUUGGUAUUGCCACAUCAGUUGAACUGCUCCAGGCUCGCCUCCUUAAGUCCGCUUGCCGACAGAUCUAUGGAGCUCAAUUUGACGGCGUUCAAACAGAAGCUACGCUCGAAACGAUCUUCAAAGCAUCAAUAGCAGCCUCCGAUAUUGGACUGCGGAUGGGCCCUCUGGUGCUGCGCUGGAUGCUGGAUCGUCAGCGGGACCAAGUUGCAGGUAUACAGCUGUUUGUAAGCUCGUUAAAAUACGCAUACAUGUGUCACUUUUACGCGAACCCGCUCAGCAUUCUGCUGUCUGAUCAGGACAACUUCCAACAAGAGCAUUUGGACGCGAUUCGAAAUACCCCGUCAUUCCGUGCUCAUGUAGAAGCAUCGGUUGCUGAUGGCUCUUUGGACUCACUUAAUCAUGCAAAGUCCAUGAUUGAAGAUGACAGCUACCUGAAGCAGCAAAUACAAGCAAGUGCUAAGAGUCGCCAAGCCUGGAUAAACGAGCGACUUCGCUCGCUUCUGAUAUUAGAGACAGCAGGUCUCAAACUCGGAAGCUUUUCUCGGGCAUAUGUUGAUGCCAUGCGACAAGGUAUCCUGAUGGGUGAGACCUCUGCAUUUGUGGAGGGUGUGCGCCGGCUAAGCAUGGACAAGUUGCAAGACAUGCUGCGUCGAAUCAUCGAUAUUGUCGCAAAUGGCGACAGCAGCCUAAACCUGACGGGCCUAGAUACAGCGCAAGGCAAGGCGUUGCAGGCGGGUCUGGAAGAACAGCUGGAGCAACUGAUUGGCCUUCGAACGCGAGCGGAAGAAGCCGGUCUCACUGUACGAAGCAAGUACAUGGGCCACGGCAAGGUUAUGCGAACAACGGUGAUUGCUCAGAAGGUGCAGCUGAGCCAAGACUCGGCUGCGCUGGGCGACGAAGACAGACAGCUCACAGCCAUUAUCGACUCGGUGACGAGCCUGCUCGCCGAGCAUCGGCAUGAUGAGACAGUCCCUGGGCACGAUAUCCCGUUUUCUGAGGGAUGGGUCUACGACUCUCGUAACCCGUCUCGCGACGUUUUUGUGCCUCGUCCUAGACUCAUCUUUGAAAGGUGUCUUUUGCGUCCGCAUGACUACCUGGUUUCGGGAGAUGAGCCAGACGCUGUUGGGGUUCAAGCUCUGCAGCCGGCAACGGCGAUCCUGUACCAAAUGUACCAGGAGGCGGGAAGCCUGAUCAAUGUUGCCGACUUGUGGUCAGCAUUCUACACUAUGACCUCUGGACGAGGGAAAAGGGAGACUGGGGAGGAUCAGGAGGAGCCAGUCGCAGAAGAUGAGGAGGAAGAUGAAGAAGGUGAGCGGCGAGCGUUGGUCAUCUUCUAUCGUGCCUUGGCAGAACUUCGAAAUCUGGGGUACAUCAAAGCAAGCAAGAAGAAGACGGACCAUAUUGCUAAGGUGAAGUGGCUGUAGACAGACCUGAUCUCCCGGCCCAGAUAACCAAAACAUACAGACGAAACUCGACGAAUAUUUCUUACCGAAGAGUGCUAGGUAGAUGGUUUAAAACAAAUCUUCACAUGAGACCACCACCACCACCCUUGCUGUUAGUUGAUCUACCUAUCACUGGGUAAGACGCGGUGUUUCCGCUGGACAGCAAAGAACACAAAAUGUUGAGCAUGUUUAAGACGAUCGAUCCUGAGGCCUCCACGUGAAAAGGAAUGUUCCAAGGCCAUUCUUCAGGAUCGGCCCAACCUUGCCGUGCAACGGGCCCGAUUACGUCGUCACGCCGGGGAUGUGCAAGGAGCCAUGCAUUCAACGCUUUGGCCCAAAAGAGGCGGUAAAGCCUAACGAGCGAAUAGGAAGCACGCGAUCAUGAUUUCGCAGCCUCCUUUGACGUGGAAAAAGCAAUUCUGGGACAUGGCCGGCGCGAGUGACCAAGCAGCAUGAUGCGCAAUGUUUCGCUGCGGGAGACGACAAGUCGGCUUCUCGACACGUCAAUGGCCAGCCUCUCGGGUCCGAGGUGUCCUAGAAACUUGAACUGUAGCGCCUAGACGAGGGGGCAAAAGGGGUGGGAGGUUUUUUGGUGAUGAGGCUGUCCACGACUUCUGGUCUUUUGUGGCGUUGUGAAUCAGAUCAGCGAGACACAGGGUACCAAAAAUAGGUGCGUCGUUUAUAUGCACCACAGCGCAGACACACCCUUUUUGCUUUGCAGGCAGGGCCCCUUGAAUCCAGCACCCGCUUCAGCCUGUCUCUUGCGCUGGAUGAAAUGAACCAAGGUUCUGCGAUGUGCCGGCUUUUGCCAAGUUUGGUUUACAGGAUGCCUUGGGCGACUUGGACCGCGGACAAGUGUCUCAUCCCGCUUUUGAUAUCAUUUACACCGACCGGCUGCAAGCCACCCCUUUUUUUUUGUUUGCUUGAAGUUUGGAUAUAUCCUCCAUCACAAAAAUUAGCAAUUAAUUUAUUCGUUAAUUAAUCCGGCUAUUGAUUAAAAAAAGAGGCCGCUCCUGGGGGCCGGGGCGUUCGCAGCGAACAAAGCCUCCCUGCAUUCAGAAUGGAGAACCCAGCUUUUAGCGUGGCCUACUAACACCGCGGGUAUGUGACAUAUACUUUUGCGGGAUCCGGAGGAUAAAGUCAGAGUAAGGUAGUAUCUAGUUUGUUGUAAAGCGAGCUAGUGCCGAGGGGAAAAAAAAUAAUCUCGGUGGAAGGGAAAUUUGCACGAAACCAGAGCGUGGGUGAUGGAUGAUCUGACGAUGACCUGUUGUCUCGGUUUGAUGAGAACAGUGUGUGGGCGACUUUGACCAUCGGCAGUGCGGUCAGCGAGCCGAUGAAACCAGAACAAGAUACGGAUUCGCUACAGUAGCAGUCAAAACGGAAAAUACGUCAGUCGUUCGUCCGUUGCAAGCGAAUACGCAGGAGGAUUACAAUGGGACGGACAUGACAAACCUUUGGAACAGCAUCCGGCGAGCCAGUAGCCCACGCGUCAUGACCAUUUUAAUUUUUUUUGCCACAGCUAAAUAAACGACGACUUUAGCAUGAAAAGGCCAGCUACACCGGAGAAGAAGAGCAGAAAGCAGAAAGAAAACGGCAAGGCUCCGCUGCUAUCGACGGCCGAACCCAUAUGAGGCCCCAGCAAUGUCUCACUUUGACUUGUCGUUAACCUGCCGCCGCUCCCCACCUUUUCAGCUUCAGGUUUCGCACGUCUCUUCUCUUUUACCCUUUGGUAAUUGCUUCCGGGCGAGCUGGUUCCGGAAACCCGCACUUGUCCAGCGAAACGGGCGGGUGCGGCGACCGACAGGUUGCGAUGCCGGGUUUGUUGGUGUUGUUGUAAGACAAUAGACAUACGCUGGGCUGACUGACGUUGCGCACUCAAUCUCGCCAGGCUUUGUUUUGCGGCGGGCUUGCUUGCUUGCCUUGCUUGCAGUGCAUAGCGUAUUAAGUUAAUUGAAUGUAUGUUAUCUGCAGGUAUGAUGUGAUGUGAUGUGAUGGUGGUGGUGCACAAAAGCAUUCAUUCAUUCAUUCAUCCUGUAUUGUGUAUAAUUCCUUUUUUUUAUGUGCGCCUCACUGUUGGGCGGCUUGCUUUUGCCAUUGUGUGUCUUGCCCCCUUUUCUUUUUCCAUUAUUCUCCUCCCUUUUUUUUAAACUAUUCCCUGCUCUUUCCUUUUUUGUUUCUUCGACAUUUCUAUAAUUGGAACCCAGCACGAUGUGCAUCGUAGACAAACAAGCCAUUAAACCAAAAAAAAAACAAGGGAGGUUGACGAUUUCGCCCGAACAAAGAGGCUGGACGCCCUCUGUUGGGGGAAAGGUUGAGCGCUGUAACGAACCGCUAUAGCGUACCCACCGACCGCCUGUAAGUGGGCACUCUUUGCAUGCAGCAGGGCUGCGAACAAUGGCCAACCUCUCUCUCUUCAGCCUCUUUCUUUUAUGUUAUGUUGUGUUAUAUGCAGCCAGCCUUUUGCAUACGUUGCCAGCCGCAUGGGGGGCUGCUUAGUAGUUAUGCAUAAGGAAACAAUAUUCCAUGUGUUUCUGUACAAACCUGAAUAUAUCCACUGAGCUGGUUUUCGCAUCUGCAGCCGCAGCAGCAGCAGCCCUGGCUGGGCUGGGCUAGGCCUAGAGGCUAGGUAGGGGACAUCAAGUCCUCGUUUACAGCGUUUGCGUCAUAUCACCACCGCCUGAAGAACACGGGCAGCGAAAGAAAAACCCUUGCUCUCGAGCAAAUGAACGGCCAGGCGUGUCUCACCCGUGCCCACCUAAAAGAAAUGUCUUGAACGGUGCGGCGCUGAAAAAGAAAA